AUGUCCAAUCCUUUGGGCACAAACGCAGCAGCCCCACGUGAGUCGUCGCCAUCAGCGCUGGAAGAGACAAUCGAGCCAGAACGCAAGCCAAGAACACGAAAGAGAAGCAGUUCGAGCUCAAACUCAUCUGACUCAGAGCUCGAUGAUCAAGAGAAAGAUCAAGAUGGCCAUCGACCAUCGGGUAGGGAAAUCAGGAAGAGUAAUUCCAGAACACGCAGUCAAGUCAGCCAUUCCUUACCGAUCCAACAACCUAUUGCGACAACCACAGGCAUAGGCACGCCUAUCUCGACGUCGCUAUCACGACGAGACACAACGCUUUCGAGAUUAAGGACACGCACGAGUACUGCGCCCUUCACGCACCCGCUUGCACACCAGCAGACAGCCGCGGAUGUCCUCGUCGACUUUGAGGGAGCUGAUGACCCAUAUCGACCCAUGAAUUGGCCGACCAAGAAGAAGAUACUCACUACCAUGAUGUAUGGUCUGACAACCAUGACCGCAACAUGGGCGUCGUCUGCCUACAGUGCCGGGACACGGCAGGUUGCUGCAGAAUUCGAUGUUGGUGACCAAGUCGCUGUGUUGGGCACCACACUCUUCUUGUUCGGAUUUGGUACGGGACCGUUGUUGUGGGCUCCUUUGUCGGAGGUGUUUGGAAGAAAAACAGCUGUCUUGACGCCGAUGUUCGUAGCUGUGUGCUUCAGCUUUGGAAGUGCGACGGCAAAAGACUUCCAAACGUUAAUGCUCACCCGCUUUUUUGGUGCUUUCUUCGCGAGUGCGCCAGUCACCAAUACGGGUGGUGUGCUGGGGGAUCUUUUCAGUCCAGAUUGGCGAGCGUUGGCUCUGGCUGGCUAUGCCUUGGCAGUGGUUGGUGGACCAUGUUUAGGACCCAUCGUAUCCGCAGCAUUUGUCGCCGAUCCCUCUCUAGGCUGGCGCUGGACAGAAUACUUAACUGGCAUCAUUCAGGGUGCGAUACUUAUAGUCGACGUGAUCUUUGUCGACGAAUGCUAUCCGCCUAAGCUCCUCGUUUACAAAGCACGCCGUUUGCGUCACACGACUGGAAAUUGGGCGCUCCAUGCCCAAUUUGAAGAGUGGGAUGUCAGUUUUGUUCAACUCUGUCGCAAGUUCUUGGUUCGUCCCGUGCAGCUGCUCAUGACACCUAUCUGUUUCCUUAUCGCGAUUUACGCCAGCUUCUGUUACGGAGUGUUGUAUAUGCAGCUUGGUGGUAUUCCUAUUAUCUUCGCUGAGAUGCGAGGGUGGUCUGCUGUGUCUUCCACGUUGCCAUUUUUGGGCAUUUUCCUGGGUGCUUGUCUAGGUUGCGGGAUCAACUCCUACAACCAGGUGCUGUACAAUAGGGUGUAUCAUGCAGCUGGAGACCGCGCAGUACCAGAAGCACGCCUCCCUCCUAUGAUGCUUGGAUCUAUACUGUUUGCUUCUGGACAGUUCGUCACGGGCUGGACUGCAGACCCAGAGUUCCCGUGGAUUGCACCUGUCAUUGGCCUCGUCAUGUUGGGUACGGGCUUCUUCACUAUCUUCCAAGCGGCGCUGAAUUACCUGGUGGAUACGUUUACGGAGUAUGCUGCAUCGGCUAUUGCAGCGAAUACAUUUCUUCGAAGUUCUUUUGCUGGCGCAUUCCCCCUAGUAGUAUCGCCGUUGUAUCACAACAUUGGGGUCGGCCCAGCAAGUAGCAUCACAGGUGGAUUUGCGGCUCUUCUGAUUCCAGUUCCGUUUGUGUUCUACGUGUAUGGCAAGCAGAUUAGACGCAGGUCUAAGUGGUCAAGAAAGAGCGUGUUUGACUAA